CGCGUGAGCAGGAUGGAUCCAAGGAGCCAGGAGCUCGAAGUCGUUGCUGAACUACAGAACGAUGUUGGGAGCUCGAGUCACCCGCACCCUACCACAGUCCGCCUCCGAGGUCAGCAGUUUAGGCCUACCCGUGACUUUUGGCUUAAGGAUGGCGUAGCCGGAUCUGAUGCGCGCUUCAGAGGUAAAGACGAAAAAUACUAUCAAUGGAGGCAACGCAAGGGACGCCUCGAGCUCAUCCGGGAGCAAGAACCUGAUUCUGCCCCAGUCGCCGUUUAUCACAAGAAUCGCCGCCACUUUCGCAUUCUUCCAUCAUCUCGCCAACCUUACUUAGAGAUCCAGCCAACCGUGAUGGAGACGCUGGACUCGCUCAUAGUGUCGUUCCUCCUAAUGGAACAGAAGCGACGCUCUAAAGCAGUUUAAGCUAGGCUGACAUAUCUUCGUUAUUCACUGCCUGUUUUCUUUUGUUUAUUUGUUCCUUUUAUUCUUUGUCUUCUGCCUC